AUGUCUACCCGUGGCCAGCGCUAUCGCCUGCGGACACUGGCCAUGCUUGGCGCCUGCCUGUCGACAACCACAGCCGGCACGGUGUAUCUCUUCUCUACCUAUGGACCCGCGCUCUCACACAAACUGCGCCUGACCAGCACGCAGAGCAAUGUGGUGGCAAUUUCGGCAAACUACGGGCUGCUGCUCUCAGGGCCGUUCUUUGGAUGGGCUGCCGACACUGUUGGCCCCAAGUCUCGAUGCACAGCGUUCUCGGCACUGGCGUACACGUUUGAUGGAACCCUGGGCCUGCCCAACUGGAUAGUCCUGGCUGGCUACAUGGUGCUGGUCGGCCUGGCGGCGCAGGCUGCAAACAUGGCGGCGGUAACAACAACGACGAAGAACUUCAAGCAGAACCGCGGCAGCGCUGUGUCUCUGUGCAUUGCGUUCUUCGGGCUCUCCCCGUUUGUGCUGUCCCAUUUCCUGUCGUACCUGGGCCUGACAGCGUCGACUCUGGGCGCACUGAUGCUCUCGGUAGUCGGCUUUGGGCCAAGCCGGUUCAGGCGUGACCCUAACGACUCUGCCUCUGUUGCCAGCGACUUUUUCUCGAGGAGCAGCGAGGAUUCGGAGGAUCGCGGGCUGCUUAUCCACGCACGCAGCGGAAUCCCCAAGCCCAAUGGCGCCAACUACGAGGCCGUCACCCAGUCGCUUGCGUCUCCCGGGCAGAACCCGAUGCCAUCAGAUUCGGAGAUCGAGUCCGCAGUCACCGGCACUCCGCAGCCAUCUUCGGCUGCGCAAGCGACGGCAGGCACAACUGAGGACGGCGUCGACUACGACACGGCGCGUGACCUUGGCGGAUUCGCCUAUAUUUCCGACCCGGAGGCACAGCUGCUGGCGCUGGUGCUAUUCCUCUCGGCUGGCAUCGGAGUGUUCUACAACAACAACGUGGGCACCAUUGUCAAUGCGCUAUACCACUCGUCAACUGACACGCCCGAGCCGAGCGUGGCGCAGCGGCUGAUCAACAACCACGUGGCGACUGUCUCCCUGGCCAGUUUCCUGGGCCGCCUGACGAUCGGCAUUGUGGUAGACUUUUGCAAGCGCAUGUGGCGGGUCCCGCGCUCGGGCGUGCUGGUGUUUGUGGUGCUGAACACGGUCAUCUCGCAGGUCAUUGUUGGCUCCGCCGAGAACCUGACCAUGCUGUGGGUUGGCAGCGCAUGGACUGGCCUCAGCUACGGCUUCAUUUUCGGCUUUGUGCCCACACUUGUCAGCGUGUGGUUUGGCACCAAGUACUUUGGCUCCAACUGGGGUCUUACCUCGGCCAGCAUUGGGUUUAGCGGCCAGGCGCUGGGAGCGUUCUUUGGCUUCAUCUACGACUCGAAAUGUGCCUGA